AUGUCGCAAGGAGAAAUGUCCCCAGGAAACCACUCCCUAGUGACUGAGUUCGUCCUGGCUGGGUUGACGGAGAAGCCAGAGCUGCAGCUGCCCCUCUUCCUUCUCUUCCUGGGGAUCUACGUGGUCACGGUGCUGGGAAACCUGGGCAUGAUGGUCCUGGUCGGACUCAGCGCUCCCCUGCACACCCCCAUGUACUACUUCCUCAGCAGCCUCUCCUUCAUUGACUUCUGUCAUUCCACCGUCAUCACCCCCAAGAUGCUGGGGAGCUUCGUGACAGAGAAGAACACCAUCUCCUAUGCUGAGUGCUUGAUUCAGCUCUACUUCUUCCUUGUCUUUGUUAUUUCAGAGUGCCACAUGCUGGCCGCCAUGGCCUAUGACCGCUACGUGGCCAUCUGUAAUCCCUUGCUCUACCAUGUCACCAUGUCCCACGGAGUCUGCUCCCUGAUGGUGGCUGGCGUGUAUGGUGUGGGAUUGAUUGGUGCCACGGCUCACACUGUCUGCAUGCUGAGGGUGAUUUUCUGUAGGGUGAAUACAAUAAACCAAUACUUCUGUGAUCUUUUCCCUCUACUGGAACUCGCCUGUUCCAGUAUUAUUAUUAAUGAAACAGUAGUUCUGAGUUUAAGUGCUUUUAAUAUCUUUAUCCCAACCCUGAUCAUCCUGGGCUCCUACGUCUUCAUCAUUGCCAGCAUCUUGCGCAUUCAGUCCACGGAGGGCAGGGCCAAGGCCUUCAGCACCUGCAGCUCCCACCUCUUGGCCGUUGCUCUCUUCUUUGGUUCUCUGACAUUCAUGUAUCUGCAUCCCUCCUCAGUCAGCUCCAAGGACCGAGGAAAAUUGUCUUCUGUGUUUUACACUACUAUUGCUCCUAUGCUGAACCCGUUGAUCUACAGCCUGAGAAAUAAAGAUGUCAAAAUGGCCCUAAAUAAGUUCCUUGCAAAAAGAAUAUCCAUAUGA